AUGUACACAAGUUUGUUGUAUUAUGCUGGACAUGGUUAUGAGAACUUUGGGAACAGCUUCAUGGUGCCUGUUGAUGCCCCAAAUCCAUACCGUUCAGGCAACUGUCUCUGUGUUCAGAGCAUUCUGAAACUGAUGCAGGAGAAGGAGACUGGACUCAAUGUCUUCCUCCUCGACAUGUGCAGGAAAAGAAAUCUACAUGACGAUGCCACACCAAAUGUUGUGCUCAAAGUUACAGCCAAUAUUGUGUUUGGAUAUGCCACUUGCCAAGAUGCUGAGGCUUUUGAACUGAGUUCAAGUGGAUUCACCAAUGGAGUCUUUAUUAAAUUCCUGAAAGAGCGCCUCCUAGAGGAUGAGAAGAUAACUGUUUUGCUAGACAGUGUGGCUGAAGAUAUGGGUCAGUUUGACCCCACAAAGGGUAAGCAGGCUCUAGAGAUCCGCAGCAGCCUGUCAGAGAGACGGUCCCUCACCGAUCCCAUCCACCCCGGGGACUACUCCGAUGCAGCCGAGGCACACAACCUGCUCUGGUCUAAAGCACAUGAACUGCCGGAGAGUAAAAUUCUGGACUUUGAAUGUGGAGUUCAGAUAAAAAUGGACUUUGCUGCUGAGUUUUCCAAUGUGCUGGUCAUCUACACCAGCAUUGUGAAAAAGCCAGAAGAGAUGCUGUCUUGUCAGGCACACAUAACUAACCUCCCUUUGGAUCUGGAUGUGGACCCUAAGCUGAUGAAUAAAGAAACUCUGGAGGAAACAGGAAGCUUCCUACUUUCAGGGAGUCUUCCUCAGCACUGCCUCUACACCAGACUCGGCUCACUGCAGAAACUUAAGGAGGAGCUAGCUUUCACUGUCUGCCUACACAUCCAGUUUAACUCCCUAGACGACCUGGUCCAGUGGAACAUGGACGUUAACGUCGGCAAGCCCCUCAUUGCCAAACUGGAUCUCAACCGUCCCACCAGGAAGAACAGCUGUCAGCUGACGUGUCACAUGCCGCACAGCCCCUCGACCAGCCCCAGCCACAGUCCCGCGUCUGACCGCCGCUUCCACAGCCAGGGCCCCCAGCAGCACACCAACCCCUACCUCAACGUCUGUGAGCCCCUCCACGGAGCUGUAGGGGGUUAUGGGGACUUUCGAUUGUACGGUGACCAUACAUAUCAAUAUGAGAAUAUGCCAUGCUUACCCUUCCUGAACCCACCAAGUAUUCCCAUUGAGACCACUGAUGACAUUGACGACAUGCAGAAUGAGUUCAUGAAUAGUUUGCAACUCUAUAACCAUCCCUGAGUGAAUACACAGCGUUAAACCAAUGAUUAAAGGGAUACUCCACACAAAAAUGAAAAUUCUCAUCAUUUAGCCAUUCCAGAUGUAUAUGACUGACUUUCCUUCAAUGAACAAAAAUCCAUCUCUGAGUCUAUAUAAUGGAAGUGUAUGGGAUCACCAAAGUUGGCACUUCAAAAAUUAAAAACCACAUAAAGUGAACUUGAUGGCAAUCCAUCUGACCCCAGUUAUGGAAGCAAUAGUUUAGUUAAAGUUAGUAAAUAUUAGUGUUUUUCUCAUAUACUUGUGGUGUUUUGCUUCAGAGAACAUUGAUUCAUCAACUGGGGUCGUAUGGAUUACUGUCGUGUUUGCUUUUUGAAGCAUCGGCUUUGACAAAAAGUCUAAAAAGUUGUCGAAAAAGUCAUACAUCCGGGACGGCAUUAGAAUGAAUAAAUGAUGAGAAAAAUGAUCAUGUAAGGUGGAGUACCCCUUUAAAGACUGUGUAGUUAGUAUAUUAAAUGUCAAGGAUGUAUUUUAUUUCAAUUUUUUUAAAGAUUUUAUUUUUUUAUUAUUAUGAUAGGACAGAUCAGAUGUAGCGAAGGGAGAGAGAGAGGGGGGUGGGAUUGGGAAAGGUCCUCGAGUCGGGAUUUGAACUUGGGACAGCUGUUAAAAUGUUGUCUGUCGAUUAAUGACCACUUUAUAAAUCAACUAAAAUUAAUUAUUUCAUACAUUGAUCGCAUUCUUUUGCAUUUGCAUUUAGUGGUGAUUGUAAUGCAAAAAUGUAUCAUCUCAAGUGAUUGUCUCAUCUCUAUCAGUUUUCAGUCUUUACUUUCAUGUGACUAACUUAUUACGGCACCUUCAAAAUAUUUUAGCGUAAAGAAAAUACUGUAGCACUGAUACUGUAAGUAUUUAGUCCUUUAAAAUGAUAAUUUAUCUUAAAAAUCCUGUCACCUUAUUACAUCUCAAUAC